AAUGUUCUAAAUUAAAAUUGCCUUUUUAUUUUUUUAAGAGGAUGGUAUUUUAUUAUGUUUAUUUUUAAUUCCAUUGUAUAGCAUUGACAAAGAUUUUACUAUAGAUAUGAGAUUAUUAUUAUUAUUACUAUUACCUUAUGCUAUUGUAUUGUAUUAAAAUGUGUUGGUAAAUCAAACGCGAGUUCUAGUUAAAUAUGGCUAGCUGCAUUUUACUGCUAAAGAAAAUUAUUAGGAGAUAACCUUGCCUGUGUCAGUAACUUGUAGUUAUGCUUAAUGAAUUAAUGAUAUGAAAAUACUGUGAUAACUUUGAAUAAAAGGUAUUAUAGAAAAUGUAUUUAUUAAUAUACUUUAGUACGCUUAGUAAUGCUUCAGGCUUUUGUCUUUUUUGUACAGUGGUCACUCAACUUCAAUUGGAGCAUACAGACUUAUAUGCAGAAGUUUCCAAUAUUUCAAAUGAAAUAUGAUAAAAAAUGCAAAGACCUCCUGGCACUUUUGAAGAAUUUUUGAAGUCUCAGAAAUUGGAUGAUUGGCCAAGAUUUCCCUUUCUAGAUGAUGAUCGUCCUUUGGUGAACAAAUUAAGAAAUGACUAUUCAUUUGAUGCUAUUUCUAAGUCUCUGUAUGAAAAUGCUCCACUACAAAUCAACCUGGUCUCAGAUUUGGAGAAGAGAAUAAAUGAGUGUACAACUGAACUGAAGAAACACUCUGAAAAAAUAUUUUCUUUUCCACAAAGACCAAGAGAGGAAGAUGACCAUCAUGUUUCACUAGAACAAACUACUGAUACUCAACUUAUUGAUUCAGAAGACUUUUCAAUUAAAAAAGACAACAUGAAGAAAACAACGGUCGAUAAAAACAUCAGUGAGGAAUCAAGCAGAAAAAAUGUUAAGAAUUAUAGAUACCCAGGUUUCAAGUUAAAACAGCUUACAGAACUACCAAGACACUUGGAAGCAGCAAAACUUUGGGAUUUGGUUAUAAAAGCUCAGAAUUUCAAAGAAGAAGUUUUUAAAGUUUGGAAAAAGUUGUUUCUCUCAGAAGCAUCUAUUGCUGUUUUACAAGAUUGUUUUUGGUGGUGGUUUCUUCAAAAUUUUAAGCCUAAUCGAGAAAAUCAAGAUCACUUGUUUGACAGAAUUGCAGACAGUUUUGUUUCACUUUUCCUAUGCGUCCCCAGUGAUACUAAAGAUGCUUUUUUUCAGGUAUAUCCUGAUUGUUUGUCACAAGUCAUAUAUGUUUCUUUUUGUGAAGCAUUUCCAGAAUCCAGUAAAUCUUUUGAUGAUGCAUUUAAAGAUGGAUUAGUAGAUUUAAUUUUUCAAUGGGUAUCAGGUCUAAAGCCACAGAAAUUUGCUUGGAAGAAAUGGAAUUUAGAUUGCCUAAAGAAGCCCACAGUAAACAGUAGCAAGAAAGAUAAUAUUAUCAAAGUACCAGUUAAGGGGUUUGUCAAACCAAAAGUAGCCAUGGAAGCUUCAGUGAGAUUUCAUGUGGGCCUUGAUUCUGAAGAUCUAACCAAAGAUACAAAAAAUAUGUACAUUUCACCAGCUGAAGAAGUAAAGGAAGACAGCAAAUAUAAAAUGGAUUUCCCAAAAGAGCCAGAAACUAUAAAAGAGUCCUGUUAUAUUGGCUCAGGUCCUGUCUUCCAGCGUGUACUCUUCAGAAUUGGUGCUCCAAGUCCUCUGGUCUCACAUUAUCUUAAGAUGCAUGAAAUCACUGAUGGUGUCUCAAGCUCUUUGACUUACAAGAUGAAUCGCACUGAAAUUUGCAAGCUACCACCAGUUGCUCCAACUUAUCAAGAACUUAUUAAAGAGACACAAAGGCUCAGAAGAGAAUUCCAGAAGGAUUAUACUGUGUUUCAGAACAAGUGUAGAGAAGACAUUUCAAAAAUAGAACAGCAGAGAAAAAAAAUUAACCAGAAGUUUAGAAGACUAACAGAGAGCACUUCUAAGAACCCCUCUGAACUAAGGCUGAACGCAGCUAAGUUAAUGCAUGAACUGGAAUUCAAUCAUGGGAUAAGACAGCAUUCAACAGUGGAAGAAAAGCAACCUCGUAAAUCAAGCAGGAUCCAAUCCAACUUCCAGUGAAAUCAAUGGAAAGAUUGCCAUUGUCUUCAGGGGUUCAAUCUACCUCUUUAAAAAGCAGCUAAAUCAACUGCUCAAUUUCAGUUGGAAGGCAAUCUAAUUUUUAAGUGUUUGUAUUGCAGAUACAGCGUUGGCUUUUUAUUGUGAAAUGCCAUUUAAAUAUCUUCAGAUUUAUUCUGAAUCAUCUCAUUAAAUAAUUCUCUGUUGUUACAUUUUAUAAUUGCUGUUAUACUUAAUCAUUUAAAAAUGCAACAAAAUUUAAUUUUAAAAGAAACAGGCUAUGUGUUAAAGCUUCAAAAUAAUGUGGCCAGCAUUUUCAAACAUGGAUGCUAAGAUUAGGCACCUGGUUCCAUCUCUAGGUAACUCAGAAUUUGUCUGAUGUUUAGAGGUGCUGUGCAUUCCUCAGUGUCACUGGAAAUUGUUGGUGCUCAGCACCUCUGAAAUUCGGGCUACCGAUUUAGUUUCCUAAAGAUGAAUUUAGAUGCUUAAUAUUAAGCACCCAAGUUUGAAAAUUGGUCCCAUAUGCAUCCUACAUAACAGAAUAUAAAUGAGGACCUGCAAGAACAAACUGUUUAUUCAAACUGAAGUUAAAAUCAGGAAAUAAAGGUGAGGGAAAAAUGCUCUGCGGUCAGCCUAUUAGACGCAUUCUCAUUCGGAACUGUCCAAAGUUAAGUGUGUGCGCAAAGAUCAAAAUAAUCAGCAAAGAUGUGGUUUGGAGUAUGUGGCUAUGCUAGUCAAGACACAGCCAUAGGUGUUGAACCUAGGGUUAUGGGGGUACGGGAGCACCCCCUGACUUGAAGUGAUUUUUGUUAUAUACAGGGUUUACAGUUGGUUCUAUGGCUCACAGCACCCCUCACUAUAAAAACUGUUUCAGCACUCCUGGAUACAGCAUCUAUUGAAAUUUCCAAUCACAAUGAAAUCACUGCAGGUUUGACCAACCACAAAUGCUGUGCAAUAUACAAAAGAAUAUAAUAGCAUUGCCAUACCUCAAGUGCUCAAAAAUCAUGAGAAUGACUUAAAAAUCAUGAGUCAAACUAUUUUUUUCUUGUCUUCUGGUUUUCAAGUCUAAGCUGUCCUCAAGUCACAUCUUCACACUUUUUUCUGUAACCACGUGGGCAACAAUCUUUUCUUUAAAACAAGCAAGGCUAACACCACAUAAUUGAAUAGAACAUGUAACACCAAGAAACAGAAAAAUAUCCAGAGUGGUUUAUGGGCUCAAGAUUUUCAAAAAUUCCACAGGGAUUUAGGAGCCCAAGUCCAGUUGAUCUUCAAUGGGACCUGAGCCCCUAAAUCUCUUAAGCGUUUUUGAAAAUCUCUCUGUUUUAUUUGCCCUGAUUUAAACAACUAACAAGAAAAACAGCUAUUAACAACAUGAGCAGGUUACAGAAAGUACAAGUCUACUCUCUUUGCAUAAAAAGUUGACCAACUAAUGGCUAAAUUUUUCAGCACUCCAAACCACAGCCAAUAGGAAUCUUUUUUUUCUUGGCAGGGAGUAUAUUGUAAAACAUAAAGAGUUAGGCAAAACAGAAAACAUCUGGAUAUGCAGAUUAUUCUCUAUGGCUUAAACCAUGUGAGGAGGCAAUGAUAUGGAAUGUAUUUUGGAAAGGCUUUUAAAGUUACAUGGCAGCUGUAUUUCACUGUAAGACAAUUUAAUUUAUGCAGUUGCUGGUCCAUGAAACUAAAUAUGUUAGCCAAAAUUGUCAGGAGUGACUAGAGAUCUUUAAAUGCCUCAGACUUUGAGUAACCAAUUUAAAACAGCUUAAAGGGACCUUGCAGAGGGCAGAUACUCAGCACUUUCUGAAAAUUUGGCCCCUUCAAGAUGUAACAAGUUUAGCACCUAAAAAGUGGGGCACCCAAAAUCACUGGUUCAUUUUAAAAAUCUUGGCCAUAAAAUUCUGUAUCCUCCAACUUUGAUAAUCAACUGUACGUAACAAUGUAGCCGCAAAAUCAGGGGUGGGCAAUACUUUUUAAUGGGGGGGCCACUCCAAGAUUUUGAUAAGUGGUCAAGGACUGCACUUCUAUGGGGUGGUGCAGGGUCGGGGAUGGAGGUUGGGUGCAGAAAGAAAAUUGAGGUAGUGGACUAGGGUUCAGGAGGUGUGGGGUCUGAGAGGGAGUUUUGGUGAAGGAGGGGGUUGUGAUCUGGGGCAGGGGCUUGUAGUGCACUGGAGGGGGCAUGGUUGCAGGAAAGGAUUCUGGCCUGGGAGAGAGGUGUAAGAGGGGGUUCACGGUCUUCAAGGGAGUUGUUACUUGGAAGAAGAAGGGAGAGAGGUACAGGGGGUUUGGGUGGUAAUCUGUGGCAGGAGAGGGUGGUGGCCUGGGGCAGAUAGUUGGGGGGAAGAGAAGGGCUGGGGUGCCAGAGGCAGG